GUGCUAUGCGCAGGUAACGUGUCGCCGCACAUCUAUUCUGCCCUGAUGCUGAGUAUUAGGACGAAGAACCCGGUUAUAUGACAUGGCGUGCACAUUGUCCGCAGUCUGACUUGCAGCAUACAAAAUUAUUUUCAGCUGAACCUCAAAGAUCAUGAGUUUUCUUCUGCCAAAAUUGAGUAGUAAACGUGAUGUAGAUCAUGUGAUAAAGACGAUCGCUGAGGUGGUCUUGGUUCUCCGCUUUGGAAGAGAUGAUGACUCUGUUUGUCUGCAGCUUGAUGAUAUUCUCGCAAAGACAUCACAUGACCUAAGUAAAAUGGCUGCCAUCUAUCUUGUUGAUGUGGAUAAAGUGCCAGUCUACCGCCAAUACUUUGAUAUCAGCUAUAUCCCAUCUACUGUCUUUUUCUUCAAUGGGCAACAUAUGAAAGUGGAUUAUGGGUCACCAGAUCACACCAAGUUUGUGGGAAGCUUCAAGACAAAACAGGAUUUUAUCGACCUCAUUGAAGUCAUUUACAGGGGAGCAAUGCGAGGAAAACUGAUUGUCCGAAGUCCAAUAGACCCAAAGAACAUUCCAAAAUAUGACCUGUUGUAUCAGGGGGUUUAGGGUGGCCAAGGACAUUGUAGCCACCAUCACACAAUGAAGGGAAAAAGGGGUCUAUUUCACAACUGUGAUGCGGACAAAUACACACCUGAGAAGAAUUUUAUCUUUUUUUUUUUUUUUUUUGUAUAUUGUUUUUUUUGUUUGGCUUGUUUAUGGAGAUAAACAAAAGUGUAAAAUGUAUUAUAUUUCAUGAAUUACUUUGAUAAU